ACAUAUUUUCAUAAUGAAGUUGAUCAUUAGCUGUAAAGCACAAAUUCAGUGAAACUAUCUGAGAAACAGAAAACACAGAUGAAACAAUUAGGAAAAAAACAAUGGCAAUCUCUCUCUAUCUCCUAUACCUUUUAGUUCUUACCCUAGUCUCAAUAAUUUUCCUUAAACUGUUCAAACAAUCAAACUCCAAACUACCUCCAAGCCCUCCAACGCUUCCAAUCAUCGGAAACUUACAUCAGCUUGGAGAAUUGCCACAUCAGUCUCUAUGGAGACUCUCCAAAAAGUAUGGUCCAGUGAUAUUUAUGAAGCUUGGUACAGUCCCAAUGAUCGUAGUUUCUACUCCUGAUACAGCAAAACAAGCCCUAAGAGUCUUUGACCUUAAUUGUUGUAGCCGUCCAUCAUUAGCAGGCUCAAGGAAGCUCUCUUACAACUACAAGGACAUCGCUUUCUCUCCGUUUGAUGAUUACUGGAAAGAAAUAAGGAAGCUCUCUGUUCAAGAACUCUUUAACAUCAAACGUAUUCAUUCGAUUCAACCCAUCAAAUACGAGGAGAUGAGGAAACUGAUGACUUCACUCGCUGAAUCAGGCGCUAAGAAAUCUCCGGUUAACAUGAGCAAGAAGCUUCUUUCUUUAACAGCUGGCGUGGUGUGCAGGGCAUCAUUUGGUGUGAGUUUCCAAGACACUGUGCUUGACAGUGAGAGGUUCAACGAGUUAGUCCCUGAGGCACUUGAGAUUUUAGGGAGCUUCUCUGCCUCAGAUUUUUACCCUUAUAUUGGCUGGAUCUUGGAUCGAUUCACGGGUUUACACAAACGUAGAGAGAGAAGCGCACAAGAUCUCGAUGCCUUCUGUGAACAGAUGAUUGAUCUGCAUCUAAAGAAAGGCAAAGAAGAGAAUGAAGAUUUCGUGGACCUUCUCAUGAAGUUGGAAAAGGAAAAAGUUGUUCUUGGACAAGCAAAAUUCACAAGAAACAAUAUCAAAGCACUCCUCAUUAACAUUCUUCUAGCGGGAAUAGAUACUUCUGCAAUAACAAUGACAUGGGCAAUGGCUGAACUCUCAAGAAACCCACGACUGAUGAGGAAAGUUCAAUCUGAAAUCCGAGAAAAAUAUGGGGACAAAGAACUAAUCAGCUUAGAAGAAACUGAGGAGCUAGAGUACAUGAAAAUGGUGAUUAAAGAGACAUGGAGGCUUCAUCCUACAACACCUCUUCUGCUUCCAAGACAAGUAAUGACUGAAUUUGAGAUCGACGGCUACAAGAUUCCAGUCAAUACAAGGCUGCAAGUGAAUGUUUGGGCUAUAGGGCGUGAUCCAGAUGCAUGGAAAGACCCAGAAGAGUUUAUUCCAGAAAGGUUUAUGGAUAGUAAUAUUAAUGUGAAAGGACAGAACUUUGAGUUGUUGCCAUUUGGGAGUGGUAGGAGAAUGUGUCCUGCAAUUUACAUGGGGACUAAAAUGGUUGAGUUUGGUCUGGCAAAUCUGCUGAAUCGUUUUGACUGGGAGUUACCACAAGGAAUGAAAUGUGAGGAUGUAAAGAUGGAGGAAGCUCCAGGACUUACUAUUUACAAGAAACGUGAUCUUCUACUUGUUCCGGUUAAGCGUUAAGAUCUUUGGUUUUCUAAAUAAGUUCACCAUAAGAUUAUUAAAAAAAAAAAAGAAAAAAAGAUUAUAAAGUAGUUCAUGAGUUUUUCAAGAUUAUACAAAAUCAUAACUACCUUUUUCUCAUAAAACAGUAUUUAAUUAAUAUUUAUC